AAAAUCCCUUUCACGUUCCAUACGAUAUUCCAGCAAUGCCCCUCUGUGGGCUUGAAUACAGGCAUGGAGCUGAGAUUCCUGCUGCUGCUGCUGCUCUGCAUCUCAGGAUUCCAAGCACAAUUCUUUGACGCCAUGGAGAGCAGAGUGGAGGGGCAGAGUCUCGUUGUUGUGUGUCGCUACAGUAUACGGUAUUACAGUGGAACGGAGAAAGCCUGGUGCCAGCAGAGAGGUGAGAAAUGCUCUCCCAUAGUUAACACCUCUUACACAUCAUAUGGAUACCAAACCAAGGUUACCUCUGGAAGAGCCAUGAUAGAGGAUGACACCCGCAAUGGGAUUAUAACCAUCACCAUGGAGAAGCUGCAGGUGCAGGACUCUGGCGUGUACUGGUGUGCGCUCUAUUACCCGCCCAAUACACUGUUUCCACUAAAGACAAUUAAAUUGGACGUUUUCAAGGUCCAAGAAUACGAUGCUAUGGAGGGGCAGAGUCUCUCUGUCCAGUGUCCAUACAACACACAGGAUUACAAAGAGGAGAAGAAAGCCUGGUGCAGAAGCACAGUUCAGAAUGAGUGUGAUGUAUUGGUCAACACUGACCACAGGUACUAUCAAAACAGGGCUCAGAAAGGCAGAGCCAGGAUACAUGACGACAGCCAGAAAGGGAUUGUUACUAUCACCAUGGAGAAACUACAGGUAGACGAUGCAGGGGUGUACUGGUGUGCGCUCUACGAGCCUCCCAGGCUUUACAGAAUAAUUGAAGUUAAAGUGGCUGUUGCCAAGG